UUUCUCCCUAGCAUCUGGCAUCUCCUGCUCAUCCUCUCUUCACCAUUGCAUAUUUGCUUCCUCUUCUUUUAUCCUUUAAAAUCCAGAGGAAGGUGCUCUUAGAGAAGCCAUCUUUGGCCGCGUAGCCUGGUGGGGUUACGUGGGAGGCCUUUUCCUCUGCCUAAACUCAAUUCCCUAGGGAUUUGCUACAGACUGGGGAUACUGUCCUGUCGCAUAACUUUAAGGGAGUUAUCUAGAAGACGAUAGACAAGAGAUAGGAUAGAACAAGUUUGGACAUGAUGGAGGACUUCAACAGCGAGACCGAUAGUGACUACACCAGUUACUGGAGAGAUUGGUUCAUCUCCUCUCGUGGAAACGAAUAUUUCUGCGAAAUCGACGAAGAGUAUCUUACCGAUCGCUUCAACCUCACUGGUCUGAAUGCCGAAGUUCCCUAUUACCAGUAUGCGCUUGAUCUCAUCACCGACGUUUUCGAUCUCGAUGCGGAUGAUGAGCUACGCGAACAGAUUGAGAAAUCGGCUCGUCACCUUUACGGACUUAUUCACGCUAGAUAUAUCGUGACUACCCGCGGCCUAGCUAAGAUGGUCGAGAAGUACAAAAAGGGUGAUUUUGGAAAAUGUCCCCGUGUCUACUGUGACGCUCAUCCACUCCUUCCCAUGGGCCCGUCUGACGUUGCUCAUGUCGACACCGUCAAGCUCUACUGCCCCAAGUGCGAGGACACCUAUAACCCCAAGUCUUCUCGCCAUUCGUCCAUUGACGGUGCUUACUUUGGCACUUCAUUCCACAACAUUCUCUUCCAGGUGUAUCCUACCCUCGUUCCGGAGAAGAGCCUUCGUCGUUACGAGCCUCGUGUCUUCGGAUUCCGCAUCCACGCGGCUGCUGCUCUUGCUCGUUGGCAGGAUCGCUUCCGUGAGGAAAUGCAGGAACGCCUAAAGUCGGCUGGCCUUGAAGCGAAGUUUGCCGAGGAAAGCGAGGGUGAGGACGAUGAAUUCGAAACGGACGAGGAAGAUGACGGCAUCCCUGCUAAGCAGCCCGAAGCUCGGGCUGAAGUCGCAGGCGAGGGUCCCUCCACUCGCAUGGACCUAGGCAAUUAGGAGCUGAAUGGUUUGCGAGGUAUCAGCGGAUCUUCGAGAUUAUUUCGCCCUGAUGGCUUGCUAGAUUGCAUGGUUUUUCUUCUUCUUUAUGUUUUAUGAUCUCACCGAAUUAACUCGGCGUACCAAAACGGUUUUCCUUGUUUCCCCCUGUUCUGUUUGGGAGGGCCUCGAAUCCGAAAUUCAUCACGGCGCAGUGUUCGGCGUUUGCGAGCUGGAAGAUGGCGGGUUUCUCUCUUUUUUUUUUUUUUUUUUCCCUAUUAAUGUGUGAAUGUAUUUUAAUUUAUGGGUUGAAAGCUUCCGAUCUGUUCCAUUGGUACCACCAAAUGGGAUAUCUUUUCACGUUUGCAAUGAUAUGGUAAAGCAGGUCUUUUUGCCUCACCAAUUCUGAA